CGCUUUUUACGACGCGGCGGACGCAGCGCGCUUGGCGGCCCGAGCGGAGCAGAACUAGCGGGGCGGCGGGGCCGAGGGGACGUGCUGGUGGUGGCGUCGCCAUGUCGCACGGCCACAGCCACGGUGGGGGUGGCUGCCGCUGCGCUGCCGAACGGGAGGAACCACCCGAGCAGCGCGGACUGGACUAUGGCCUGUACCUGCGCAUUGACCUGGAGCGGCUACAGUGCCUUAACGAGAGCCGCGAGGGCAGCGGCCGCGGCGUCUUCAAGCCGUGGGAAGAGCGGACCGACCGCUCCAAGUUUGUUGAAAGUGAUGCUGAUGAAGAGCUUCUGUUUAAUAUUCCAUUUACGGGCAAUGUCAAGCUCAAAGGCAUCAUUAUAAUGGGAGAGAACGAUGACUCACACCCCUCUGAGAUGAGACUGUACAAGAACAUUCCACAGAUGUCCUUUGAUGAUACAGAAAGGGAGCCAGAUCAGACCUUUAGUCUGAACCGGGAUCUUACUGGAGAAUUAGAGUAUGCUACGAAAAUUUCUCGUUUUUCAAAUGUGUAUCAUCUCUCGAUUCAUAUAUCAAAAAACUUUGGAGCAGAUACCACAAAGGUUUUUUAUAUUGGCCUGAGAGGAGAAUGGACUGAGCUUCGCCGACAUGAGGUGACCAUCUGCAAUUAUGAAGCAUCAGCCAACCCAGCAGACCACAAAGUCCAUCAGGUUACCCCACAGACACACUUCAUUUCCUAAGUGCUGGCCAAGGCUCCCACAGAGUCGCUGUGUCAGUGAAGUUGUACAACUACGUGAUGGGAAGGAUAAAGGGAAGAGGCUCCAGAGAGAGUUGGCUGCCACUACCUCUGCCAAGCUUUUACUUUGAGGCUUGCUGCAGAAAUUUGGCCUACGGAAGAUACCACACCACUGGGAGGGUCGUGUGGAUACUGAGGGACAAUUGUGGUUUUCUAGGGCACUGUAGAAGUCGGGUCUUGGGCUGGGUGGCAUCUGGCAGUUAUGGAUAAUGUUUGCUUUUCCAGUGGAUGUGGCCAUGGGAUUGCAAGUGUAUUGUUGCUUUGUGGCAGGAUUUUUGUGUCACUUGUUUUUAAAAAAUGGAAACUAUUUCUGGGCUGCAGGAAACAUUCUGAAGCCUCAGGUUCAUGUUUGUAUUAGCCAUCAGGAGGGUCUCCAACUAGAAAUUUGUUCCUGCUUGCUCCUUUUUCCUGUCAUUGUUGAGCAUUCUUGUCAAGUUGCUAGCUUGGAGUUGUCUGUCACACAUGAGUGCUCCGUGGUUCUAGCUAGAAGGGCAGGAGUCCCCUGCUGAUGUGUAAUAGCUUGGGGAGAAAGUCAUUUUUCCCACUGCCUAGCUAAACAAUAUAGGGAAAGCAUGGGAAUCAUUUCUGUGUUUGUUGGUAAUUUGGUUGGGGUAAGAUUGAGACUUAAUUAAGAUCCCCCCUUGGAACCUUUGUAAAUGUUUAUUAGCUUCUAACUAGUGUUGUAAGUUCACUGCCAGAAUUUGAAGAUCUCUGAGUUCUUUUCAUGGCUUUUAUUCACUGUGACUAAUAAGCUUCCUAAUAAAUCCUUGCCAGAGACUUAA